CAGCUAAUAGUGCAGGGUCCGAGUCAGAAUGUGGCCCAUUCUUCUCGUAGCUACCUGCGUCGGGGCUGGACUUGCCACCAACACCAGCUACGACCCGGAUGGCAAAAUUUUAAUCGGAAUCGUGAUUGUGCACGAAAAAGAGCAGUCCGAGGUCCCGUCGCUCGUUGCGAGUGCUCUCGCUCGGGCCACGGGCAAAUUGCAGGGCAUGGUCAGCGUGGAGGACUACUACAUCGAGUACGACCGGGAUCGGGCGCACUUCGCCGACGAUGAGCAGUUUUGUGGUGCGUUACACAGCGGCGGCGGCGUAUCGUUGCUGCUGGACGUGACGUGGAUCCACGCCCGGUACGUGGCCGAGGCAGCCGCCCGCUUCGGCAUCCCGUACCUGCACCUCGAUCUGUCCGUGCAGACGUACGUGAAGCUGAUGGAGAACUUCUUGCUGGCACGCUCCGGAACCGAUGUGGUCUACAUUCUGCCGAGUGCGCGCGAGGCCGACGCGGCAAUCUACUUCCUCAUAACGGAUUCUGCCCUGCGGGCGAUUGUUUUCGAUCGGCUGGACGCCCGAACGGCGGAGCGUAUCCGGGCGAUUCGACCGUAUCCAACGUUUUAUGCCGUAAUCGCCCCGGUGGCCCAAAUGGGCGCGCUACUCGACCAGGCCGUGGCCGGCGGGCUGGUGCGCAAGCCGGAAAAGUGGAAUCUACUGUACACGGAUUUACUGCCGGUGCCCACGGACGGUGGUGAUGAUGGGCCACUGGCUGGCCGUUCCGAGUGCUGCGUCGAGAUGAACCGGCUGCUGCUGGAUAGCAGCACUUGCUGUAUGCUACUGCAGCACCGGACCGGGCCAGAUUGUGAUUGCCCGGCACGUUUCGAUCCGAUCGUCGCCCAUCUGGACAACGUGCUCGAGGUGGUGUUGCGGUGGUCAACCGAGACACGCCUACCGCUGGUGCGUGCGGUCAACUGUUCCUCCGUGGACGACACCAGUCCAGCGCCGGAGAUCGUUGUGAGGCCACUGUUCGACCAGCUGGCCACGAUGCCACAGUUCUGGAUCGCUCCCGCCGGCCCGUACGGCUUGAUUCGUCCGAAUCUGAACUACUCAAUCGUUAGUCCAGCCACGGCACGCAAUCUGUCCCGGGUUCCCGACCAACCGAUCGGAAGCCUCGCACGGGGAGAAGUACGACUGAUGGCGGCCCAAGGGACUAGCAUUCCGCGGACUAGACGCUUUUUUCGCGUCGGCACCGCCGAAGCUUUGCCAUGGGCGUACCGGAAGCGCCAUCCGACGACGGGCGACCUACUGAUCGAUCCGCGCACCGGCGGCCCAGUCUGGGAGGGCUACUGUAUCGAUUUCAUCCACCAGCUGUCGGUGGUGAUGAACUUUGACUACGAUCUCGUGUCGCCGAGCGAUGGCACGUUUGGGGCGCGGAACGCCACCGAUGGCCGGUGGAACGGACUGGUCGGGGACCUGGUGAGUGGCGAUAUCGACUUCGCGGUCACCGCGCUCAAGAUGACGGCCGAGCGCGAGGAGGUGAUCGACUUCGUGGCGCCCUACUUCGAGCAGACCGGCAUACUGAUCGUGAUGCGCAAGCCGGUCCGCGAGACGUCACUGUUCAAGUUCAUGACCGUGCUGCGGCUCGAGGUCUGGAUGAGCAUCCUGCUGGCGAUCGUGGCCACCGCGGUCAUGCUGUCACUGCUCGACCGAUUCUCACCGUACAGCGCCAAGAACAACCGGGAGGCCUACCCGUACGAGUGCCGGGACUUUACGCUGAAGGAGAGCUUCUGGUUUGCGCUAACCUCGUUCACGCCGCAGGGCGGCGGCGAGGCUCCGAAGGCGCUGUCCGGCCGGACCCUGGUCGCCGCCUACUGGCUGUUUGUGGUGCUGAUGCUGGCCACGUUCACCGCCAAUCUGGCCGCGUUUCUGACGGUGGAGCGCAUGCAGACGCCGGUCCAAUCGCUGGAGCAGCUGUCGCGCCAGAGCCGCAUCAAGUACACGGUCGUGAACGGCUCCGACACGCACGACUUCUUUCGCAACAUGAAGAACGCGGAGGACGUGCUGUACCAGAUGUGGCGCAACCUGACGCUGGCCAGUGGCAACGAUCAGGCACAGUACCGCGUCUGGGACUACCCGGUCCGGGAGCAGUACAUCAACAUACUGACCGCCAUCGAGUCGGCCGACCCGGUGGCCACGGCCGAGGACGGAUUCCGACGCGUCAACGCACACCUCGAGGCGGACUUCGCGUUCAUCCACGAUUCGGCCGAGAUACGGUACGCCAUUUCCCGCGACUGCAACCUGACCGAGGUGGGCGAGGUGUUUGCCGAGCAGCCGUACGCCGUCGCCGUCCAGCAGGGCAGCCAGCUGCAGGACGAACUGAGCUACUACAUACUGCAGCUGCAGAGUGAUCGCUUCUUCGAGCUGCUCACCCCGAAGUACUGGAACAACUCGGCCCGCGGCCAAUGCCCGAACACCGAUGACAGCGAGGGCAUCACGCUCGAGAGUUUGGGUGGCGUUUUCAUCGCCACCCUGGUCGGGCUGGCCCUGGCGAUGAUUACGCUGCUCGUGGAGGUGCUCUACUACCGGCGCAAGCAGAGCCGAGCCGAGCAGAGCAACAUCGUCCAAGUGGCACCGGCCGCGUUCGAGACCGCCGGGGCGGAGAAAAUCACUGGACAAUUCGCACUGAAAGAGAAAUCGAUUGCGGCCGCGAAGAAGUUGCUGCUGGCCAGCCAACCGCCCGUUGGGGACAACGGUGGCAAUCUUCGACGGGUGAAGCGCGCUAAUGACAAACCGAUCCCCAAGGAUGUUACGAUUGGAAGUAAGUUUAUUUCCGCGGCCGAGCAGCAACAACGGUUGUCCUAUAUUUCCAUCACACCGCGGAAGCCGCUACAUUAG